CAAGUUGUUGCUCAACGUUUGACAUUGAAAACUUAGGUAGUAUAUAUAGGUACCUAGGGGACUAGUCGUACACGGCGGCGAAAUCUAGGCUUCGAAGAGCCGAAGGUCCCGGCACAGCGGGUUCUGGUAGUGAGGAGUGGCCAUUCCUGGAGGAUAUAUGGGGUGGGCGUUUGUGGGUCCACAAAUACUUGCUCUUUUUGGAUGGCCACAAAUGGGUGUGGGUCCGCGCAGGCGCCAAUCCAUUGCCGAGGUAAGCGAUAGCCGAAGCAGGCUCAGGGAUAUAUAGCCUGCUCACCCCGCUGCAGUUCACUAUCAUCCCCCGACUCUCAAGUCGUCUGCAUCGUCUGCACCAUCCGCCUCGUAUCUCUAAACUUUGCCAUCAUGUCUGCUCGCAGCUCGACCUCCACUGCCUUCCUCAUUCCAGCUACCUUCAGCACCUGGAGCGCAGCGCAGGAGCGCGAUCUCGAGUCCCAGAGCCUCCGUAACCACGUCCGGCUUCCCACUCCUCCAGCAGCACUUACUCACACCGCUCGUGCUCGCUCCUCCCUUGAGGAAGGUUCGAACCCCAUCGACGACUUCUUCGGCGUUACUUCCCCGUCCUUCAUCCCACGCGGCACGCAGGACAGCCGCCAUGACGCGGUCGGUUUGCCCGUCCACUUCGACGACGCGCCGCCGCCGUACUCGUCGUCGGAGCCGCCUGCGUACAGUCGGUACGGCGAGCACCCAACGCUCGCGAUGUAUCUGUUCAAGUUCGGUUUCUUGUUCCCACUCUUCUGGAUCGCUGGGUCCCUCAUCCUCAUCUCCCCUCUGCGUGCACCAGAGGACUGGGAGCUUACCAAGACCGAGGCGGAGAGAGAGCAACUCAUCCAGUCCAUGCGACGCACCGAAUUGAAGUGGGCAAAGCGCUGCCUCAUUGCCUUCUCCGCCCUCGCACUCCUCAUCUCCGCCAUCGUCGCCAUUGCGGUCCUCGUCAUGAGGACGUGAACCCACCUACAUCAUGACCUCCACAUUGUGAUCAGUCCUCUACCCGCGUCGCGACACGUAUCCGUCGGACGUCCCCACUCGCUGACCUCCGCAUCACCAUCCAUACCAACUCUUGCACACUCGCUCGCACCCACCCGCUGUCGCCCGUCCGUUGGCAACUGACGGACCAUCGACCGACCGACCGACAUUCCCGCUCCUUCGACCCACGCAACUUCGGAUCACGCCCAGGAGGCCCACAUUGACACGCUCCUGCACACUCGAUACCUCACACUCCCUGGUGACAUACGCACCGGCUUGCGCCCA